CCACCACAAAACAUCAAACAUAAGAAAAGCCUAUAAUAAAAAAAAAGAGCAAGAGAGAGAGAAAGAAAUGACUUAUCUCAUGAUGAUCAAGGUUUUGCUUUUAUCACUUCUUGUCAUAUCGAAUGGAGCUGAGGAUGAUUGGCUGGAGAGUGAGUGUCGCUUCACAUAUUACCGAGGCACUUGCAUCAGAUGUCUUGAGUGCCAUGAUGCCGCCAGUGUUGGAUCCGCCCAAGCCGUUAUACAUUGUCUCGAAUCCCAACUCCAUAUCCUCAAUUUCGUCACGAGUAUAUCGUGGAGGAAAAAUGUGAGUGCAACAGUUCAGAAAGUUUUGGGUGAAUGCAUCGCAGGCAUUAAGAUUGCAAAACCACAACUCGAUGAAGUCAAGCAGAGUGUGAUUAUCCGUAAUAUCAACAAAGCCAUCGUUUUGGUGAAUACUACGCUAAGCUAUCCUCUAACUUGCAGAGAGAAUCUCCAAAAACUCAAUUUCCAAGAGUCACCUGAAGUUUAUGACGAGAUCAGUGUCUAUGACCAACUCUCUUCUGUUGCUAGGACGAUAAUUAAGCGUCUCGGGGCUUUUAUAUAGUUUAUCAUGUAUCGAUCGGUUGUCAAACCACUGAUUAAAAUAAAAUUCUAUUAUAUGGUUUUACUUAAAACAAAAGUAUUAUAUAAUGAAGCUUAUGAAAGUUGUCUAUUAAUUAUUCGAAUUCU